AUGGAGAGUCUUCCACGUGAGAUCAUGCUCAACAUACUUUCUAGACUACCCACACCAUCUUUACUCAAUGCUAAGCUUGUAAACCGGUCAUGGCAGAACUUAGCUGAAGACCCAAUUCUUAUUGAUCUCCAUUUCACCCAUAUGGCUGCAAAUAAUACUAAUCCAUGUCUUAUCUUACAUGGUGACCAUCCUAUUCAAAACCAGCUCUAUGCUUUGUACUUUUAUCCUAACAACAGCAAUGUUGGGUUGGUGAAAAGAAUUUCUCUACCUCCAAUACCUGAUUUUGACAUCGCAGCCUCUUGCAAUGGUUGGUUAUGCUUAUCUAAUUCUUCACGGGAUACAUUCCAUUUGUACAAUCCUUUCACCAGUGACUUCUUGGAGUUGCCUAAUAAGUCCACUCAUCAGAAUGAAGAUGUCUGCACAGUGCUUGGAUUUGGGAUCCAGGCAGAGACAAAGGAGUAUAAAGUUCUGAAGAUCUCCCAUGGCACAAAGAAUGUUAGAGGCUGCCGUAGGAUUUGUGGAUACCCACAAUCAAAAGCUGAAAUUUUGACUGUGGGCAGCCCAAUUUGGAGGAGCUUAGGACAGAUAUCUUAUAAUCUCGUUCAGUCUCCAUCACAGAUUAUGGUUAAUGGGAAACUUCAUUGGGUUAAUUCGCCAUUCAUCCAUCCCCGACGUAAUAACAGACUCAUCUCUUUUGACUUGGCAGAUGAGAAAUUUCGAAUGGUUCCAAAUCCAGAUUCUGCUGGCUUUGAAAGGCAUGGUUCCCACAGACUCAAGUUGGUAACUAUAGGAGGAUGCCUUUCUGUAGUUCUGAAUAUCAAUUAUGGGUCAUUUGAGAUUUGGGUAAUGAAGGAAUAUGGAGUGAGGCAAUCUUGGACCAAAGAAUUCAAUAUUAGUAGUGACUUGCCUAGAGAACUGGAAGAAGAAGUAGUUGAUCCUGCCUUUAAAAUUUCAAGAAUGUAUAGAAGGUCAUUUACUAGAGUUAUAUGUAGUGUGAAAAAUGGUGAAAUAUUGCUGCAAUACAAAUGUAGAGCUUUGCUUUCUUAUGAUCCAAGGCAGGGGACAUUUAAGGAUAUUAAAAUUCCAGGAAUGCCAAAUAUGUUUGAAGCAGUUGCUCAUGAUGGUAAUCUCAAUGGGAUUGACAGCCUGCAUAUUGGUAUGUAA